AUGGCAGGCACAUUACCACCAUUAUUCCCCAUCUCAGAUGAGGACCACAGUGGGUAUGUCGCUGUCACUGUCUAUACUUUGCUAAGUUUGACUGUGACCACUGUCUUUGUGCGACUUUUUACAAGAUGGUAUAUCGCCAGAGCCGUCUACUCGGAUGAUAUCUUGCUCGCGGGCGCCACAGGACUAGGAAUUCUCCAGAGCGCGUUUGUUCAGCUAUCCAUUGACCAUGGACUCGGCAAGAGGAUAAGAGCCGUUUCUACCGACGACUUGACUUCCUUCGAUAAGUACAUGUACGGAACACAAAUCCCCCUGCUUGCAACUGUCGCCUGCAGCAAAUUCUCCCUGGCGCUACUUUUCCGCAGUUUGACAGCCCAGGGCAACGUCUUGCGACUUAGCCAGGGCUUGAUGGUGGUAAUUGGGUUAUGGACAUCUUCCUCGAUCGUGGCUCUGGCAUUCCAAUGCGCUCUGCCUCAUCCGUGGGACGUCACAGGCCGAUGCGUUAAUCGAGAAGCGCUCUCUAACUACAUCUGGACUAUGAAUAUUCUUACCGAUGCAGCACUGGUUUUCCUGCCCUGUGUCGUCCUCCAGAAAGUCCAGAUCAGCGGGUUGAAGCGACUCCGGAUCAUGGCCAUGCUCGCCACUCGGUUGAUAGUGAUGAUGAACCUCAGCAUAAUCACCACAGCCAUCCCAUCGCUUGGCCGCCUGAUGAUCGAACUCCAACCGAGUCACAAUGCAUUCGCUAUUACUGAACGCCAUGGCUUCUCGGGUGACAAAUAUGCCAUCUCAUCGGUUUCGGGCCACUUUGUACGCGAUCAUACUACUAUCAAUGAGGGGCUGGGAACUCAUGCAUCGGUCCAUGGGCAACGUCAAGCGCAGAAUGGUGAUUCUGAAAGUACUGAUGGUCUAGUGGGUGGCGCAACGGGCAAUAAGAUUACAAAAACAGUGUAUUUUGAGGUCAAGUGA